CGCGGAGGCAUCAGCAAACGUCGCGGUGGCGGUGCCACCAGGAUCGAUAGAGAUGGCGACCUCGACAUGGACGCACCCGUUGUGAAUGGUGCUGCCCGUGGCACGAAAGACAGUCCCGCGCCAACUGAGCCUGGCCGGAGAUCUACACGGUCCACCACGACGUCAUGCCGCCCGCCCAAGCCGACGACAAGAGCACAACAAGCGGUCGCAAGAGUUAUCAGCAGUGGCACUGGUAGUCUGGCUUCUCGUAUUUCCAGCGGAAUUGAUACAUCAUCAAGAGCUGGUCGCGCUUCUCGCCCGAUAAAUGCUGCCGAUACGAUGACACUUAAGGUCGACGGACUCAAGACCAGCAGGGCCGUUACUAAUUCUGACGGCGGUCUCAAGGCUCUCUUGACGUUCCUUGAGCGCAAGGCAGCAACCGUUGGAAAGCUCAGCCGCACCGUUAGGAUCAAGAAGUCACAAUUGAAGGGUGACUCUGUCUACAUCACAACAAGUAAAGACGACGGAGAGGAAAUUUUGAAGAUCAAUGGCUUCGAGUUUGCUGCAACCAAGCUGGCCAUUUCUGACGCCACUGAAGAAGCUCCCGCGACUUCGGCAGGCACACAAGAGGUUAAGGAGCUGUUGACCAACGUUCUCAGCCUGCGAUACGAUCAAGGCACGAAGCUGUUGAAUCUCGCCAAUCUGGGCCAAGAUGCACGACUGAACGAGAUGGGAGUCUUCAAUGAGAGCAACCCAUUAAAGGUGUUCCGAGCCUUGAUGGCCAUCUGCGACGAAAAGUUCAAGACUGCCCAGGCAAAGCGCGAGGCCAUUGUCAGUGUCAGUCUGGCAGGCAACAACAUCGACGAUGUGACUCAAAUAUCGUCCUUGACCGACACGUUUCCGGAUCUCACCAACCUGGACCUCAGCUACAAUCAGUUCAAGGAGCUGAAGUCCUUGCGGAAAUGGAGCCGCCGCCUCCGCAACAUGGAAACACUCCUUCUCAAUGGCAAUCCCAUCGAACAGCACGAACCACUUUACCAGAACGAGUUGAAAGCGUGGUUUCCCAAGCUCCAGAAUCUUAGCGGCAGUCAGGUACGCACCGCCGAAGAGGUUGCUGCGGCAGACAGUGUGUCUAAGCCCACUCCGAUCCCAAACAUUGGACCCGACUUCCGCGACAUCAACCGCGUGGGUGAAACUUUCAUCACAGAGUUCAUGCAAAUGUAUGAUGUCGAUCGGCAAAAUUUGGUAGCCAAGUAUUAUGACGACAAAAGCACUUUCUCUCUCACCGUCAAUACUCGUGCCCCAUACGCACCCGAUGUGCCGCUCUCUCCUUGGACGUCUUACAUCAAGCUCUCCCGUAACCACACCAAGAUCACUACCCAGCAUGGGAGACAGCAACGCCUCUUUGUCGGUACGAGUCUCAUCCAGAGCGCUUGGCAGAACUUACCACCUACUAGGCAUCCAGAUCUCACUACCCAAUUCGACAAGUAUACCAUAGAUUGCCACCCAGUUGGCGGAUUUAUCGAUCCAUCUGGCCAGAAUGCCGCUGGGGUUGACGGCAUGAUCAUGACACUCCACGGGGAAUUUGAGGACCAAGACCCGGACACUAAGAAAACGGCGAAGCGAACUUUCUCCCGCACAUUUCUACUCGGCCCUGGGGCUCCUGGUAGACAUCCCAUUCGCGUCGUCAGCGAUAUGCUGUCCUUGAAGGCCUAUAACCCGCUCCCCCCUGUCACGCCGGUUGCAGCGUCGGCUUCGUCGGAAGAUGCCCAGAAGCAGCAGAUGGUGCUUGAACUGUGCCAGCAGAGUGGCAUGACGCCCGAGUAUUCCAAGUUCUGCCUCGAGGCAGCCAACUGGAAUUUUGAUCAAGCCAUGGUCACGUUCAAC